UAAGAGUCGUCAAUCACAUCCGGCACGAGCACGGUAAGGGAGGGUUCGAGGCUCGUCGAGUGGCCUGCCUGAAAGGAUUUGCUUCCCUACCGAUUGCUUGUAUAUAAUGGGCGCUUCCGGUACAUGGUCCGGUGCUUGGUAGCUCGCUUAGGGUGUCGCGAGCCGUGCCAGUCAGCCAGUCAGUUGUCGGUGUGCUACGGUUGCAAAAGGAUGCUCAGUGUUGCCAAUCACCUCCGCCAUCAAGGAUUUGCAGGUUGGUUGGUGUGUCACAGUGAGUGAUUCGUUCUCAGAAUCUCGUCAACCGUUCGCGUGUUCGGUGUGUAAUCGCUAGUGAGCAGUCAAUGUGUACAACCGAUCAGCGUGGCAUGGCAUCGUCCGUACAGGCACAUCUGCACGGUAGCAGUACUAGGCCAGGUUACGCCACGAAGGAUCAACUUCCGGCGGCCCUUGCAGCACGGUGUAAAUCGCCCUCGGCGACGGGUGUCAUCGCCGUCAAGACACCCUUCUCGAUCGAGGACAUUCUGUUUCAAAAUGGUGGUGGUGCUGGCGCCAGUGUUGGACAUCCAAAUAGUCCUUCGAGGGAGCGUGUCAUUCCUUCGCCCGCCGAUCGUCAUCCGGUAGAGUCGGAUGUGGAUGAAUCGGAUGUUGGGGAAGAUUCACCGGAAGUGGCCACUGUUCCGACGGGUAAUGCUGUGAACAGUGGUCGGAGAAAGAGUGCGUGUGAGUUAAGCGUAGCCGAGCGGAGUGUGGUGAGUGGAAAUUGUGGGGAAAACAAUGCAAAAUCUGGUGGCGAUAGUGUUGGUGCGCGUGGACAAAGUGGCCAGGAUGGGAAUGGGUUGGGUAAAGGUGGAGAAGAUGACUAUCGGAAGAUGGUGAUGCAUUCGGAAAGAUUUGGCAGCAAACUAAGCAUGGACCACGGCAGCACACCACACCAACCGCCGGCCACAUCAGCUUCCCGCCCACAGCAACAACAACAACCACCGCCACCACCUCCUCCCGUACCCCCACCCGUACCCCCGGUGAGCAACGCCGGCCCGGUACAAUUCACCAGCGGACCGUCGGCCGGCGUCAUGUACACGACCAACCCGUACAGUGAUCCGGGCUAUCUGCAGAUGGCACUCGGCGCCUACCUAGCACCGUCGGCCAGCGGAUACAAAACGGUCGAUCCGUACUUCCUGUCGCAAGGAAUUUUCGCCAGCUCACCUCUGUUCCCCGGUGCCGGCUGUCCGGACAUUGCGCUCGGGUUGGGCAUGGGCAUGAGUGCGCUACGUCACUGCCGACGUCGAAAAGCUCGAACCGUGUUCAGUGACCCACAGCUGACCGGGCUCGAGAAGCGGUUCGAGGCACAACGCUACUUAUCGACGCCGGAACGUGUCGAGCUGGCGUCCGCGCUCGGGUUGAGCGAAACGCAAGUGAAGACCUGGUUCCAGAAUCGGCGCAUGAAGCACAAGAAGCAGCUACGUCGACGUGAGGUCAAUGCGGCCGAUACUGGCGGAUCGGGUCAGAACGGAACCAGCAACGGUGGAAGUACCAACUCAUCCUCUUCCUCCUCCAGCCGACUUCAUGGAGCAGCGGCAGCGUCCUCCACCGGAUCAACCACUUCAACCUCAUCCUCGUCUUCCUCGUCCGGUUCGUCAGGAUCGUCCUCGGCGGCAGGUGGUGAGAAGGGUGGCUUCACUGCCUACAGCAACGGGAAAGCUGCUCCGGGUGGAGUGUCGGCACUCGGCAACAAACCUCCACCCAGCUCGUCCGCUUCCUCCUCUGCCUCUUCCACCUCGUCCAGCUGUACGAGCGGGGGUAUGCUAAAGCCCUUAUCGUCCACCGGUGGAUCGAUGCACUCAUCCUUUAGCUUGGUGAAACGAUCGGCGGCUGCUGCAGCGGCGGCUGCUGCGGCUGCUGCUGCUGCGGCCGCUGCUGCCUCCAUGAACAAUGGCGGCCCGGGAGCAUCGAUGCAUCAUCCGUUUCAUCCCAAUCAUCCACAUCAUCCGCAUCCCCAUCACCACCAUCCGCAGCAGGCUCAUCAUCAUCCGGGAGCUGGUGGACCGGCGGGUCCUCACCAUCUGCUAGCGUCUCAUCACCUGUCACAUCUUGGUCCUCCACCAGGCCACCGUACACCACCGAGCAGUGAGGAUGAAAAUGAGCUGAUGAACGAUAGUGAUUCGGACUGUAGUGAUGUCGAUAUCGUUGGAGACGAACAAGGCUAUCUGACGUAAGGAUAGGAGUGGUGCAUGCUGGACAUCCCGUCAAUUGGUGAAUGGUAGUAACCAAGUAAAUCAUGUGUAUAGUAUGAGGCCCCGUUGGGGAGAAGGGAGCGAGGGUGUAUAAAGAACUUGAAAAUAGUGGUUGUGUAUUAGAUGUCCUCGAGCGAAUUGAGGUUAAUUCAGCACCGUUUAAAUUCUUCCAUCAGGGUAGGGUUUAGGAGCAAACUCGCAAGCUAGUAUUUUCUUAUUUAAUUUGUCAGAUGGAAGU